AGCCUCCCAGGUCUUCAGAGAAGAAGGUUUACACAGAUGAUCUGCUUGCGCGCCAUUUGAAUAUCAUGAUUAUGUUUUCUGAUGUUAUUCCAGUAUUCAAAUAUGUCCUGACGGAGCCCCAGAGGGAGAAGUGGGAGGAGCUACAGGGAGAGGUAGGGAAACGUGACUGACAGGUGAGAGCUGUCCUGCUCUGUUCACUCUCACCAUAAAACCGCGCUGUGACCAGAGAGGACGGGCUGGUCUUAACCUGAUGAACAGGUACCGCGGCGGUCGGACGAGCGGGGCUAGCAAGCGAGCAGGUUAGCAUGGUGCUAGCAUGUUGCCCACAGUUCACCACACCAGCCAGCUGGGGGCGCUCACUCACUGAAGCCACGACCUGAGAGCUGGGCAUCACCAUGGUGCCGGAUCAGGACCAGGACCAGCUGUCCCUCCCCCUGCCACCAGAGGGCGCCCCGGACCUGGAGUGUGCCAUAUGCUUCAGCCAGUUCAACAACGUCUUCCGCACUCCCAAGAUGCUCCAGUGCAAGCACACCUUCUGCCUGGAGUGCCUCGCUCGCAUGAACGUCAAGUCCUCGGAGCCCGACGCCAUCCACUGCCCGCUGUGCCGCGGGGUGACCACCCUGCCCGACCUGGGGCUCCCCAAACUGGAGACCAACCCCACCGUCCUGUCCUACCUGCCCCGGGCCAUGCAGCGUGUCUGCAGCAUCCGGUUCAGCCGCAGCCGGGGCCGGCUGCAGGUCAAAGGGCCCCCCACCGUCAGCGACUCCCUGGACCUGGGGCUCCCCGCCCACUGCCCCGCCUCCGGCCCCGCCCCUCAGCCGGGCAGCAUCCUGCCGUGCUCCGGCAAGCCCUUCUGCCACCUCCUCGUUAUGCUCUCCGGCAUCCUGCUGCUGGUGCUGAUCACCUGCAUCAUCAUCAUCGUCCUCAAACCAAAGGCAUGAGGAGACCUCUGCUCAUCUUCAUCCUCAUCAUCAUCAUCGUCAUCCUCAAACCGCAGGCAUGAGACCUUUGCUCACCUUCAUCCUCCUCAUCAUCCUCAAACUGCAUUCAUGAGACCUCUGCUCAUCUUCAUCCUCAUCAUCAUCAUCGUCGUCAUCCUCAAACCGCAGGCAUGAGACCUCUGCUCACCUUCAUCCUCCUCAUCAUCAUCCACAAACCGCAGGCAUGAGACUUCUGCCCACCUUCAUCCUCCUCCUCAUCCUCAUCAAACGGCAGGACAGAGAGGUCUGCCAGAGGCCCAUUUUCGCUGUGUGAGUAACCACUUUCAGAACCUCAGGUAUCUCCAGGAACUGCGGACACGCCCAAACUGCACACCUGCUGCUGCAGGGCACCAGCUGUCACCAAUGAGAGAGGCGUCUCACACACACACACACACACAGACACACAGACACGCACGCUCACACACACAAACGCACACACACAAUCAUGCACACACACACACACACACACACACACACAUAAAAGUGAGCCCUCAUUCACAUGAAAGUGAGCUGCAGAGAAUGGCUGAUGGACAAGCUUUCCUUCAGUAAAGCAAUAAGCUAAUUUCCUACUGCUGUAAAUUCCGCAGUGUGUUACUCACUGCGUGUGUGUGUGAAUUCUGAACGUUACACGUCCUGUAGAUGGCACAUCGUGCUCACGCACAUACCCCACACUUUCAUGACCGGGUUUCCGUGGGAACGUAGCUCAGACUGUCUCAGACUGCCGUCGGAAUUCGCCGAGGUUUCGUUACCUGGCGUACUGUUCAAGGUGUGCCGUUUCUGCUUCUGGCGCACGGAGGGGGGGCUCUGCACACAAACCCCAUCGGCUCAGGUGGGUUGGGGGCCCCCCCUGAGCCCACAGACAGCACAGCUGAGAGCGACCGGAAAUCCCGGAAACCUCCGGUUUUCUUUGAUCAGGCCCUUUAUGUACACACACACACAGCCUGCUGGCAAGGAGGCGAGAGACCCAGAGAGAAAUGAGUGCAAUUAAGUGCAGUGUGCACUGCGUACUCUGUGACGAGUAAUGUGCAUAAUGAGUCAUUCGUGAUGUGUAAUGUGUAACGUGAAUGCACAACAUGUAAUGUGUAACAUGCAUAGUAAAAUGUUCAGCGUUAAAUUAACUCUUACAGAAUACAUAUGGUUCCUAUUGGACCGCAUGCACCCUGUUAGAGUUCAAUUAACACUGGAUAUUUUACUGGGUAGUACAUUGUUGCUAUACAGUAAGACAAUAGCAGUUUACUGUUUUUUUUUACAACAUACAGCAAUCUAUCGAAUCUUUAUCCUGUUAUCUGAAUAAACAUGUAGCAGAGUUUGUGAUUAUUCCUGUUCUAAAAUGUUUAAGUUAAAUAAAGAUUUAAAGGCACGGAAUUUGUAUUAUAA